AUGUCGGGAGGAAAUGUUGUUCAAGCUUUACAAACACUUUAUGAGUAUAUUGUGGCACACAUCAAUGCCCCGAGUAAGCCAUGCUGUAUUCAAGGUUUUAUUUCUGACUCACUGGAAGCUUUUGAUGGUGGAAUGUGGUGGAUCCCAAAUAUGAGAAGAAUGAAAGAGCGUAUCGGCUACUGUGAUCGACUUUGCAAGAAGUAUCUCGUUUUCGUAAUGGAAACUUCAGCGGGAGUGCGUCGCGUACCACACCUCAAUCAUCAUACUACUGCUCAAAGUCAUCCACCAUAUACUAACAAUAGAUCAACUGUCAAGCCAACCACAACGGUCUCCACAACAACAGGACAAGCUUCAACAACAACCAAACAAACAGUCCAAAAUACAACACUUACAGGUACCCGUUGUCCUUCCUGCGACAGAAAUCUUAACUGCGUUUGGUCUUACGUUUGCAAGGCGACACAAAGCUGCUUAGUGCGUUCGUUCCCAGGAUACCCAUUUUCUACUCACUGUGCUGAGAGACAAGACUGUUUACUUAUGAAGCAACUUGCUUCAAGUGGAGAAAUAUACUGUUGUGACGAUGAAUCUUGCGUACACAAGAUUUUAGGAGUGUGA